AGCACGAUGCUGACCAGCAUCGCUGACGGGCUGCUCUGCUGCCUGCUGGGCAAGGCGGCCAACGCCGUGGGGCCGCUCGACAGCCUCGACUCCGCCAACGGCUACAGCUUCAUGGAGGUGAAGCCGGGCAGGAUCCUGCGGGUGAGACACAGCGCGCCGGCCCGGCCGGCCGAGGAGGCGCCCGCGGCCGCCCGCGGCACCGUGCACUGCAAGCGCAAGAUCACCGUGUACCGCAGCGGGCAGCUGCUCAUCGAGAACCUGGGCGACGCCGUGCGCCCCGACAUCCUGCAGGGCCGCGGCGGCUGCGCCGGGGCCGGYGGCUCCGCGGAGCUGGAGCUGGCGGAGCCGGGCGGCCCCGCGGGCGCCCGCGAGGCCGGCACCGGCAAGCGCCGCAAGCGCAAGCCCAAGAAGGUGGUGAACAUCGACUGCAAGAAGCAGAUCACGAGCUGCAAGGGGACGCACGGCGACGUGGUGCUCUUCUUCAUCCACGGCGUGGGCGGCUCGCUCGACAUCUGGAAGGAGCAGCUGGACUUCUUCACCAAGCUGGGCUACGAGGUGGUGGCGCCCGACCUGGCGGGCCACGGCUGCAGCUCGGCGCCGCAGAUCGCCGCCGCCUACACCUUCUACGCGCUGGCCGAGGACAUGCGCGCCGUCUUCAAGCGCUUCGCCAAGAAGCGCAACAUCCUCAUCGGCCACUCGUACGGCGUCUCCUUCUGCACCUUCCUGGCGCACGAGUACCCCGAGCUGGUGCACAAGGUGAUCAUGAUCAACGGCGGCGGCCCCACGGCGCUGGAGCCCAGCCUCUGYUCCAUCUUCAACAUGCCCACGUGCGUGCUGCGCUGCCUCUCGCCCUGCCUCGCGUGGAGCUUCCUCAAGGCCGGCUUCGCGCGCCAGGGCGCCAAGGAGAAGCAGCUGCUCAAGGAAGGCAAYGCCUUCAACGUCUCCUCCUUCGUGCUGCGCGCCAUGAUGAGCGGCCAGUACUGGCCCGAGGGCGACGAGGUCUAUCACGCCGAGCUGGCCGUGCCCGUGCUGCUGGUGCACGGCAUGCACGACAAGUUCGUGCCCGUGGAGGAGGACCAGCGCAUGGCCGAGAUCCUGCUCAUCGCCUUCCUGAAGGUGAUCGACGAGGGCAGCCACAUGGUGAUGCUGGAGUGUCCCGAGACGGUCAACACGCUGCUGCACGAGUUCGUGCUGUGGGAGCCCGAGGCGCCGGGCGCCGACACGCAGGCCGAGAAGAAAUAAGGCAGCGGGAAGCGCUGAGCGGGCUGCCUGGAGAGCAGAGACGCUGCGGAGCGCGGAGGGGUUUGCGAGCGCCGAGGCCGCCCC